AUGCCGUCCCCUCCCGAGCUCUCGGGGCAGCAGGAGAUCAUCAAGGAGAUCAGCAGCCUCUUCCCCUUCUUCGCCGAGGGCUACCAGGGCUGGAAGGACUCCGUGCGCCACAACCUCUCCUCCAACGCCUGCUUCGCCAAGGUGCCGCCUCCCGCCCCGCUCCGGGGGGGGGGCUCGUGGCUCCUAUUUGCGGGUGCAGCAUCCUCGGGGUCCCGCUCAGGGGGUUGGGGUGCUGUUCCCAGU